AUGGUGAUUGGAAUCGAUGACCAGGAGCAGCUCAGCCCGGCGCGAAUGAAGACGAACCUCGCGCUGGGCGCCCAGCGCGAGCGAGUCCUACAGCCACUCCAGAACCACUCACUUCGCCGCCCACGCUCCGAAAACCGUAUCCGCUCCAAUCCCUCCCCAACCCGCCACAAUGGCGGCGAUAAACGAAAACCAACCCCAACCACAACUACAAACACUCUCCUCCCUCCCUCGGAAGAACUCAAUCGCUUCAUGAAAAUCGUCGCCCGCCUCCGCUGGAAACUUCCCUUUCUAGCAGAAGGCUACCGUCUCGCAACCCUUGACACAGACACCAACAUGACCUCAGAAUCCCAAUCCGAAAUCAUGUUCAAGAUCGAUUUCCACGAAUACUACGCCCUUCUCGAGCGCGCAAUUGUUCAUUUGCUGGGCGUCUUCAACAUCACCGUUUCCUCUCGCGCGCGCGGUUUCACAUCCGGAUCUGUACACCGAUACCAUGCAAACGUGCUGCAUGCCCUUGAGCAAGAGACGUCGCCGUUAACGCCGAUUCUGGGAUCCGGGAGGGUCUACGCGUUGUUAAGGAAGGCGAAGGAGUUGAGGAAUAGGUGGAAGACCGCGGAUAUGACGGUGGAAGAGAGGGAGAAUGAUCCUUGGGAGAGGAAGGAGGUGGUGCCGUUGAAGGAAUUUGAUUUUGAGGAUAUUCUUUCAGGAAUUUUUGCGGGAUUGGAGGAGGCUUAUGUUAGAGCAAGAGAGCAUGUCGAACUUUGUAGGAGGCCUGGGGAAGGGGUCAAUGAGGAAGGGGCCGAGGAGGAUUGGACGUUCAUGGUUGAGGCUAUGGAUUGGGAAGCUGUCUAG